AUGGAUGAGAAACUAAAUGUAACUUAUAUAACUCUUGGUGGUCAUGUGGAAUUACAGAAAUACAGGUAUCUUUAUUUUAUGAUCAUGUUGACAGUUUAUAUGAUAAUAAUCUGCUGUAAUUCUACUAUUGUCUGUCUGAUCUGGAUUCAUAAAAACCUCCAUGAACCAAUGUACAUUAUUACUGCAGCUUUGUUAAUUAACUCAGUUGUUUUUAGUUCUGUUCUCUACUCAAAGCUUUUAAUUGAUUUUUUAUCUGACAAACAGAUCAUAUCAUUUUCAAGCUGUAUCUUGCAAUAUUUUCUGUUUUAUUCUUUGUGUGCUUCUGAAUUUUUCCUCUUAGCAGCCAUGGCUUAUGACAGGUUUGUGUCUAUAUGUAAACCUCUGCAGUAUCACACCAUCAUGACAAAAGAAACAAUCAUCUUUCUGGUUUCAGCUUGGAUUUUUCCAGCGUGUCAUGUUCUGAUUGUUGCCUCAUUAAUUACCAAGAGAAAACUUUGUGAUUUUACAUUGAAAGGAAUUUUUUGUAAUAAGUCUGUGUUAGAACUUCACUGCGUCAGAUCAGCAACAAUUACUGUAUUUGGUCUUUUUGUUUUGACAGACAGUGUAAUUUUCCUUCUGUUCUUCAUACUUUUUACAUACACAAAGAUACUCAGAAUCUGUUACCAAAGUAGUGCAGAUGUGAGGAAAAAAGCUGCAGAGACCUGUUUACCCCACCUUCUGGUUUUAAUCAGCUUUUCAUGCUCGAGUCUGUAUGAUGGCAUUGUGGUUCGACUGGAAUCAAAUAUUCCAAAAACUGUUCGUUUAAUAAUGUCUUUACAAGUUAUUGUGUAUCAUCCUCUCUUUAAUCCACUGAUAUACGGACUCAAAAUAAAAGAAAUUUCAAAACACAUCAAGCAGCUGUUCUGUCACAUAAAAUGGAAAUAA